AUGUAUAUCAGCAAUAGUGUGUUAACUGUUGGGCUUCAAUAUAGCCGAAUGCCCCUAGUAACUGCCACCGUUGCGAUCAUCUUGUCGCUGAUGGUUCAAACCUGCCACUCGCAAAGUGUCAUCACAGAUUGCGAUCCGAGUAAAUGCCAACCACUAUCAAACAUUUCGGAAACAUCGCUAGAACCAGGACAACGGAUACGUCGCGAGUUGGACCCGUGCUGUGAGAUCCUUCGACUGUACUGUGACACUAGCGCUUGUCCACCAGCGAUAGAGUUUUGUGAUGCAGAACGAACUAUUCGCCCUAUAACUACUGCCGGAACAUGCUGUACACUGCAGCGUUGUGAAAACUUUUGUGACGUGUACGCUGAUGGGGAAAUUACGACGAGAUCGGUCGGCGAGAAGUGGUUCAAUAUGGUCAAUGAAACCACCUGUAUGAACUACGAGUGUUUGCGAAAUGAGGCAAACGAAACAUUCAUCAAUUCUAUUGGCAUACAGUGUAACACAACGUGUCCGGAGGGUUUUGAGCCGCUGAUCUCACAUCAACAUUGCUGUCCUCAGUGCGUUCAGGCACAGUGCAAGUUUGAUGAUCAGUUCUACCGCGAGGCACAAUCGUGGGCUAGUCCUGACGGGUGUCUGCUUUAUCGGUGCGUUAAGGAGAGUGGUUUCCUUUCGAUCAGCUCAAGCCGCAAGCAGUGCCCACCGGUAGGAAGUUGCCCCGACCAGUAUAUUGUUGAGCGUGAUUGCUGCAAGGUGUGUAAUUACACCGAAUCAAAAAUGGUGCCAGAGCCGACGACAGCUUCUUCAACGGAGCAAGAAGAAGGGGUUGAUUUCUACGAGGAACAGAGCUACAGCAAUCAUCCCUGCAAGAGGGUAUGCACGCUGGGACGUAGGCCGGAAACUUGUUACUAUCGUUUCCGUCUCGAAUGGUAUCGUACACUUAGUAAGGCCUGCUACAACUGUCCCUACAAUGCUACCGACUGUUCGCGACCGCAUUGCAUCGCUGGAGAUGGUGUGCGAAGAAACGUGGCCGUUAUUAACCGGAUGAUGCCAGGUCCAGCCAUUGAGGUGUGUGAGAAUGAUAUAAUUGUGGUGGACGUGGAGAACCAUCUGAUGGGCGAAAGCACAACCAUCCAUUGGCACGGUUUGCAUCAGAGGCGUACUCCGUACAUGGAUGGUGUUCCGCACGUUUCGCAGUGUCCCAUCAGUCCAGGCACUACGUUCCGGUACACGUUCCGAGCGGAUAAUCCGGGCACACACUUCUGGCACUCGCACACCGGUAUGCAGCGUGGUGAUGGUGCGUUCGGAGCCUUGAUCAUUCGCAAGGAUAAUGAUAUACAUGAAUUGAUGUACGAUCACGAUCUGUCCGAGCACGUGAUUACGGUACAGGAUUGGGGUCACGAGCAGGGUGUCUCCUUGUUUGCCGCACAUCAUCAUUCGACCGGUGAUAAUAAACCGCCGAACUUGUUGAUCAAUGGACGAGGCAAGUAUUUCCAGCGGUUCUCUAAGACCACACCACUAGGAACGUCUACGACUACUCUCGAUCCGAUAUCAGAAGAGGACCCUUCAGUAACAACUCAACCAGAAACGAUUCCAGUGGAAGACACAACGAUAGUCGAGGAUGAGCAGACAACGAUGGAACCAUCUGCAACUGCUCUGGAUGAAGUAGAGCUACUGCAAGCUAGUAGCAAUAACAUUAAAACAGUGCUCCAUUCGAACGAUGUGCGACACCGAACCAAGCGACAAUCGCGAACGGUAAACUUUAAUGCCGUUGUUGUUCCGGAAUCGCAACACAUUCCCUUGAGUGUGUUUUACGUCGAUAAGGGUCGCCGGUAUCGCUUCCGACUAAUUAAUGCUGAAUUUCUCAAUUGCCCAGUGGAGUUGUCUAUCGAGAAUCACAACCUUACGGUUAUUUCGUCGGACGGGUUCGGUAUACAGCCGCUGGAGGAUCUUGGCUCUUUCGUCAGUUACGCGGGAGAACGGUUCGAUUUUGUAAUCAAAGCUAACCAACCGAUCGGUAACUAUCUGAUUCGGUUCCGUGGACUGAUGGAUUGUGAUGAGCGAUUUACUUCGGCGUACCAGUUCGCCGUGCUACGAUAUCGGGGAGCUCCAGAGGACACUGAGUAUGAAUCGUGGCCACCAUAUGAUUAUGAGGCACCGGGCGUACAGCUUAACUCACUGAAUAGAGGUCCCGGGGCAGAGAACGUGAUAACAAUUUCCGAAACGAACGCACUGGAUCAGGAAGAUUUAUUACUACUGCGCGACAAAACGGAUUACAAAUUCUACGUGUAUUACGAUUUUUACGGCAAGGACAAUCCUCACUUCCAUGUACCAUCGUUGUACGGCUUUCAGCAGGUGAUCAAUAACACGAACCGGCUGUAUACACCACAGUUGAAUCAUAUUUCAAUGCGUAUGCCAUCGAUACCGUUCCUGCCGGGUAAGGAUGUGCUGGAUGAGAGCCAGUUCUGUAACGAGACGAGUGUACGUGAUCGCAACUGUCGGGAGGAGUUUUGCGAGUGUAGUCAUGUGAUUCAGAUUCCACUUCAUGCCACGGUGGAAAUGGUGAUGAUCGACGAGGGAUACACGUUCGAUGCGAAUCAUCCAUUUCAUCUGCAUGGCCAUGCGUUCCGUGUGGUGGGAAUGGACCGCGUAAGUCGCAACACAACCGUGGAGGACAUUCGUCGUAUGGAUGAGGAGGGUUUGUUACCGAGAAGGCUUAAGAAGGCUCCGAUCAAGGACACGGUGACCAUUCCUGACGGUGGCUAUACAAUCAUCCGUUUCAUUGCGAAUAAUCCUGGAUAUUGGCUAUUUCACUGUCACAUUGAGUUCCAUGCAGAGAUCGGUAUGUCACUAGUGCUGAAGGUUGGUGACAGUUCCGAAAUGCUCCCGGUUCCCGCAAACUUUCCCACCUGUUACGACUUUAAACCGAAGCUAGGAGAGCUCGGCAGCGGAACGGGUUCGACCAGAUUCACCUUAUCACUGCUUCUGUUAGUGUCUGUGGUGCAGACACUACACCGACUCCUAUAAGCAACAACCUGAACAAACAAUUUGUGAUAUUAGACGCUUCCGAACGGACUCAAGUAUUUCGUUCGACCAUAGUAUUAUCUGGCCACGGAGAGGUCGCUUCGUGGAGGCCUUAAGUUAUGACUCAUUCGCGUACGCUUAAGCUGUUAGAUUACGA